AUGAUGAUGACGUGCCGUCUGCUGUGCGCCCUUUUGGUGCUUGGCCUGUGCUGCUGCCCGUCCGUGUGCGCGGCAGAGUCUACUGAGCAUACUGAAGUCAAAGCUGCUGUCGCCACCAGUCCACAGUCCUCUCCAUCGGUGACAGUAACACAAGGAAAAAGUGAGCCAGGGUCGCCAAGUAAUGGAUCCGGUGCGGACCUGGAAAUUACUGCAGUAGAUGGACCAGCCCCGACUGCUGCAGGUCCGGAAUCAGUUGGCGUGUCUAACACGUUACAAAAUCAUGGUACGGAUGGUACACCAGGACCAGAAAUCGGCACAAGACAAUCCGCAGAAGAAGCAAAUCAGGAAGCCGAAGAUCUUGCCAAGACGACUACGACGACGACUACAACAUAUGCACCAACCACGACCACCACCACCACAACAGAGGCACCAAGCACUACGACUACAGAGGCGCCAACCACGACGACCACCCGCGCACCGUCACGUCUUCGCGAAUUUGACGGCAGCCUCAGCAGCUCUGCGUGGGUGUGUGCCUCGCUGCUGCUCGCCGCAUCCGCGCUGGUUUACACCACUGUGAACUAA